AUGGUAUACGUGAAAAAUGAUGAUCAAGCUUAUAUGGAUAUUGUAUCUUCAUUACGAAAUAUAGUGGAGAAUAUUAAUCAUGAUUAUAAUAAUCAUCUUUGUUCAUUAUGUUUUAAUGUUCCAGCAGCAGAUGAUGAAACAAUUAAAAAAUUAAACGAAAUGAUUGGUGAAGCAAAAUUAUUAUUCGGUUAUACAAUUAGUCAUCUACGUGAUCAUAUUUAUGUAGCAUGGAAAUGA